CUGUGUUUGUGUGAUUGUGUUUAGAAGAAUGCUUAGUUUUCAGAAUCAGAAAGUCCUUUGGCAACCAUUAACCCCAAAAUUAAUCAUUCAAAGUUUUAAAUAGCUUUUUUGCUUGUUUUUCAUCUAAGAUUAAGAGUUUAGUCGUGGUGAGUUGUGUCAAUCUGCUGAGGAAAACUCCUCAGAUCUAGAAAUAUUACGGGAGUCUCGGAUCAGUAUGGGCUUUGCGGAUCUUCUGAAUGAAGUUGGCGGGUUUGGACGCUUUCAGCUGAUUCAUGUCGCUCUUCUGUCCAUCCCGGGCCUUCUGAUGGCUAGCCAGAAUUUACUAAAUAACUUUACUGCUGGUGUACCGGAACAUCACUGUCGCAUACCAAAUAUAACGGCUGCACUGAAUGAGAGCACAGCGGCACUCCUGCGUGCGUUUAUCCCACUGGAUUCAUCACUGACACUGUCCAAAUGCUCUCGGUACACUGAUACUCAGUGGCAUUUAAUCACAGAACAACUGAGUUACAGAAAUGCAACUGAACUGCAGACAGAGGGUUGUGCAGAUGGCUGGACAUAUGACAAGACUGAAUUCAUCUCAUCUAUAGUAUCAGAAUGGGAUUUAGUUUGUACCCUACGUCCACUCAAACAGAUGAGCCAGACCAUUUACAUGGGAGGAGUACUGACAGGUGCCAUUAUAUUUGGAGGGUUAUCAGACAGGUUUGGGCGAAAGGCCAUUCUGAUUUGGUCAUAUUUUCAGCUCGCUGUCUUAGGUGCAUUCACAGCUCUCUCUCCGUCGUACGUGGUGUACUGCAUCUUCAGAUUCCUGACAGGAAUGUCUGUGUCCGGAGUCAUUCUCAAUGGCGUCUCACUCAAGGUGGAGUGGAUUCCCACUAAGACUCGGACUCUGGUGGGCACCAUAUCAUCUUUCUUCUUCACGUUUGGUCAGAUGAUUCUAGCUGGAGUGGCAUACAGUUUGAAGGACUGGCGUAAAAUACACGUGGCCGUCUGUCUCCCUUUCUUAAUCUUCUUUUUAUACAGCUGGUGGUUCUCUGAAUCUGCUCGCUGGCUGGUGCUGAAUGGCCGUUCUGAGGAGGCACUGAAGCAUCUCCACCAUGUAGCUAAAAUCAACGGCAAGCCCGAGAUGACAGAGAAGAUCACAUUAGAGGUGCUGGAGUCACACAUGCAAAAAGAAGUUCAGUCUAGUAAGAGCACUCAUACUGCGCUUGAUCUCCUGAGAACACCAACCAUGAGGAAGAUAUCCAUGUGCCUUAUGGUCGUCUGGUUUUCCACUAGUUUUGCAUAUUAUGGACUGGCCAUGGACCUGCAGAAGUUUGGAGUGAACAUCUAUCUUAUGCAGGUCAUCUUUGGGGCGGUAGAUUUUCCCGCUAAAUUGGUUGCUCUUCUGAUGUUGAGCUUUCUAGGCCGACGUUUGACCCAAGGCAUGUGUCUCCUUAUGUCAGCAUCUGUAAUAUUUGCCAACAUUUUUGUUCCUAAAGAUAUGCAGUUCACAAGGACAGCGCUUGCCGUAAUUGGGAAGGGCUUCACGUCAGCGUCCUUUACUUGUGUCUACCUAUUUACUGGAGAGCUUUACCCUACUGUAAUCAGGCAGACUGGCAUGGGCUUUGUCUCUACCAUGGCCAGAAUAGGUUCCAUGGCCGCCCCUGCAGUCCUGAUCUUGGAUGAGAUCCUGCCAGCUCUGCCUAGCAUUGUAUAUGGAGGAUCCGCUGUAGUUGCUGGUUUAAUAGCCUUUUUGCUUCCAGAAACCCUCAACGUUCCUCUGCCUGAUACCAUUGAGGAUGUAGAGGAGAAAUGGAAAAUGAAAAAACAAAGUCUUCAGGAACAGACGCAGAGUGAAUCGCUGGUCUUACAGGAUAUCAAACAAGGUGGAGGAACAUAUGAAGAGAACAAGUCUGCUCACCUCCGUCCACUGUCGGAGAGUCCAGCUGAAAUAAAGUAAUAGUUAUUACACACUGAGACAAACAUUCAGAGACUGUUGAUGCUGGCUGUCUCAAUCUAGACAAAUAAAACUGGACAUCAUUUUUUUUUUUUAUUCGUGAAGUAAAAUAAGACAGGAUUUCUGAUUUCAAGCAGCUGAUUGCUUUAAAAGUGAAGUGAUGUAUACAUAAUGCACUCAUUGUUAAUCUCCAAAAGUGUAUAAGUAGUUUAUAUGACACAAGCUGUAUAUUGCGUGACAAACAGACUGAAAUUUGAGUCAUUAUUCACCUGAUAAUCUUGAAUUGUUUUCUUUUUUUCCUUUCAUGACAUUGUUGAAAAAUCACUAGGCAUGAGACGUUUAAAUUAAUGCGAGAUUGCAGGGAUUGAUUUUUAAAGGCACAGCUAAGUGAGAUGUCUUUUAUGUUAUUAUACAGUACGGCAGUUAUGCUCAGUAAAACCUUGUGGACGGUUAUUUAAAAUGCAAGUAAUGAAGAAUCUGCCGGCAUUUCAUCAUGUAAAACUUAUAACGCAGAAUGAUUCUGCUUUUAUUGUAAUAAAUAAAUGUUGGUAACUGUUUACAAUAAAGCUCAAUUCAUUA